AACUGGUCAGUUAUACCUUCAGUUAUCCUGCUAAACCCGAAGCAUGCCCAUAUCACCUAUCUGUCAGCCCCGGCUUGACCGUGAUGACCGCAAUGUGUCAGUGUCCGGUUUGUCACCUGUAAGUUGCGAGUAUGGCAGAAGACACGAGUUAUAAACAGGAGAAGGAUGAUGGCGAUGAUAUCACCGAUGAAAAGUGGGAAAGAGAACAUCUUCGAUUUGGCUUUGGAAACUGGACACCCAGAUGGUUGCAGGGGUUUAACACGAUCCGUUGGUUUGUGUUCUGGGUAUGCGUAUUCAGCUUUUUCCAAGGGUUUAUCGUGAACGGAGUGAUUAAUGCCAUUGUAAGCACUUUGGAGAAACGUUUUGAGCUCCCAAGCUCCAAAUCAGGGCUUAUUGUCAGCUCGAAUGACUUUUUUGCCUGCUUUUUGGUGCUUGCCAUAAGUUAUUAUGGUAGUCAACGUCACAAACCACGAAUUAUUGGAGUUGGAAUAUUGACCCUAGGAGUGGGGUCAUUCGUGUUCUCGUUGCCCCAUUUCAUGACUGAAAUGUACAACGUCGGUACACAAGAUAUAGACAGUUUCGAAAAUGUUUGUCGGUAUCAAAAUGGCACUUCUUCCAGUACUUGUAAUAUAGAAAAGUCUUCACACCUUCAAAAUUAUUUAUGGUUGUUUAUGCUCGGGAAUGCUCUUCACGGAGCUGGCUCAACGCCGAUGUUCACCCUAGGAACGACGUUCAUUGACGAAAACGCUAAGGCGAAGAUGACGUCAUUAUAUUUGGGAAUCGUAUACGCCUCGGCCUCUAUAGGAGUAGCGGCAGGGUACAUGCUUGGGGGUCAGACGUUAAAUCUAUUUACGGAUUUCCAUAUUGUUGAUCCGAAAAAUAUUGGCCUCUCCCCUGUAGACCCCCGGUGGGUCGGUGCGUGGUGGUUGAGUUUCCUCGUCAGUGGCGCAGUCAUGUGUAUCGUUGUCCUGCCGAUAUGUGCUUACCCAAAACGGUUACCAGGCAGUGCAAAGAUCCAAGCUGAGCGUAAGUCAGAAGCCUAUAAGAGAGGAAACAAUGACAAGACGGUUGACGACAAAUUUGGAAGAGACUGGAAGUCUUUCCCGAUGGCAAUGAAAAAUCUGAUCACGAAUCCGACAUUUUUCUUCCUCUCGAUUGGCACGUGCACAGAGGGACUCAUAGUUAGUGGUGUGGCUGCAUUUGGUCCAAAAUUUAUGCAGGAAAAAUUUAAUCUACCGACAGCUUUAGCUAGUUUCAUCAUGGGUAUAAUCACGGUGCCGGGCGCAGGAGGGGGAAUGUUUCUCGGAGGCUACCUCGUCAAAAAGUUAAAACUCAAGUGUAAAGGAAUUAUUAGGCUGAAUCUGAUAUCUGCGCUAUCCGCCGCUGUUAUGGGCUGUCUGUUUCUGAUCGGGUGUCCUACCCAGGAGAUUGCGGGCGUUACGACAGAGUACACCACUCGUGGGCAGCUUUCGGGUCAUCCAAGACUACGAAGCCAGUGUAAUACCGGAUGUGGAUGUUCCGCCAUGUUGUACGAACCUGUUUGUGGGACGGAUGGGUCGAUUUAUUUCACACCUUGCCAUGCUGGAUGUAACCUUGAUUUUGAAUGGCUAGAAGGACCCAUGGGUCCGUUUAAGUUUUACAGUAACUGUUCUUGCGUGACUGCGUCCAUGCAGGCAUCAAUGAACGUCACAUUAUUAUCACAAACGGAGGUAACGUCACAAAUGCAGACAACACCUGAAAACACAACUCCAGCGAAUUUCAUGAAUGUAACGAGUCCUCCCAUUGGUGCGUUCCAGGGAAUUUGCAUGUCUGACUGUAAACUGUUCUACUUGGUUGCUCCCUUGCUUUUCCUGGGCAUGCUGUUAACGUUUAUGACUGUGUCACCAAACCAGACAGCCACGUUAAGAUGCGUUUCCGAAUCACAAAAGGCGCUAGCCAUUGGAACACAGUGGCUACUGUUGAGACUGUUGGGGACAACUCCAGGUCCGCUUAUGCUCGGAUCUAUAAUUGACAGCGCAUGCAAAGUUUGGCAAGAUAUAUGCGGCGAAACCGGAAGUUGUUGGAUAUACGAAAAGUCGAAUAUGGGUAUCCGGAUUUUCAUUUGGUGGUGUUUAGUGAAGUCAUGUAGUAUCAUAUGUUAUUUUCUGGCCCAGUAUUUCUACAGACCGCCAACAGAUAAAACAGACGAGUUGGCAGAGGAGGAACAAGUCAUGCAGCCAAUAGAAUGCCUUGAUACAAGAGAAAGUAUUAUUUGAUAUGUAACAUGAUGUGAUUAAUUUCAUAUGUGUCUUUUAUGUUAUAUCUUAUAUUUUGCUGAUCAUUCAUUGUAAAAUAUCGAAAUCCAUUGACUUACUCAACCAUGAUGUCUCUUUAUUAAGUUUUAUACAAAGAUAUUUAGCCGUAUCAGUAUACUAAGAUUAAAAGUUGCUUCUUCCCAUGCGAUAUGAAUGUACACUACUUAAAAGGUUUAUAUGUUCUCAAGUACAGCCGAUAAAUGAGACAUAAUUACAUGAUACUAAAACAAAACUGAUUUGAAUUGUACUGAUGAUGGGAAAAACACCUUUAAAGAUACAAUCUGCACUUGUAAGAAAUUCUAGUUAUGUAAAGUAGAUUUGUUUUUAUUUAAAUCCUUUCGCAAGAUAGAUUUCCUCUGUUGCGCAGCGGUGGAGUGAUUCUGUUGAAAUCAGGCUAUCGAUUGACCGGACAGAAACCCCGUCACGUUCUAUUUGACGUUCCUCGUUAUGAGGUAUUCCUUGUGUAAAUGGGGUGUUCUACAAGGAGUCCUUGCCGCAUCAUUACACAAGCUGUUCACGGGGUGAUAAGCCUAACUAACAAGCUAUGAUUGAGUGAUUUUUUAUCUUUCAUCAGUUCACUUAUUCUUAAUUCAGACCAGUUUUGCUUCAUACUGUCAAAACAAAUUUCUUAUAACUAAAAGGAUAAAAAAAAUCCAUGACAUUCACCCAGAUACCUCGACUUUAAAUCAGUUGAUUUCAUAUAUUUAAAAAGCCCGACUAAUCUUACUUCAUAAUAUCAUCAAAAAAUUGUACUUUUUUUUAAACUAUUGGCCUUGAUCUUAAGUCAGUUGACUUCUUCUUACAACCCAACCAACAUGGCUUCAUAGUGUCACAAGAAAAUGUUCAUCUGUGAAAACAUGCAAAAUUUCACCUUGACCUUUGACCCGAACACCUUUGAACCUAUUACCUUGUCCUUUGACUCCUUGUUUAAUUCUAACAAACAUUGAUUCUUAAUGUCAUGAUAAAAUGUUUAUCGGUUGAGAGAUGCAAAAUUUGACACUGAAUUUUUUUACAUGUCCGCAUUCAACAAAUAGAAACAAAUAUAUGAAAUAUAUGACACAAUGUACCAUGUAAUAACAUCCAUUUUUUGUUUGUUUGUUUUGUUUUGCUUUUGUUGUAUAUACUUAUACAGCUCACAAUCACGAGAAAUAUUCAACGAUAUAAUAUAGUUUGUUAAGUUUGAUCCUCUAUACGCUGUUUGGUCAAUGGUAAUAGACUGAGGGAGACGGAAACCUUUAACGUUCACGGUCAGGGACAAUCUCUGUUUUAUUGACACGGUAUCGUAUGAAGUGGUGUUUUAAAUAUCGCUUUAUCACAGCAACAUAGUCGUCUCAAAGAGGUUCACAAUUUAUUAUCCGUGGUUAUAUAUACGCUUUUAUCAACCAGUAAAAGUAAAUUUUUAAAACGCUUUUUCGGCUUUUUCUUCUUGUGAGUUAAAAAGUGAUACUUAUAUAUAUCUACAUGCAUAUGAACCUUUGAAUUUUUUCAAAGGGAUACGAUUUUAUAUUUUCAAAAUGUACAAUAAUAUCAACUUUGCCGGUUAUCAGUUACGAAGAUAUUUCUUAUUUAUCCGACAGUAUCUUAUGUCCGAAAAUGGAUAAUAGAGAUAAGUCAGAGGACAUUUCUUAUUGUUAUGUUGUAGCCACAGGGGCUUGAUUCAAAUUCCCAACCCAAGGUUCAUAUAUAUAUUGAUAUAUAAUAUAUUUACAUUCUGUGUUGCAUUUGCCUAUAUGUCAUUAAUAAACCAAAAUGUAUUCAUGCGACUGUAUACUACAAUUUAAAGUGAUUCGGUCAGUGUAGGAAUACAGUCUCAGGCGUUGCAGGUUAAAACAUUGGCCGCUAGUUACUUUCGGCCUGGAGAGAUUUCGAAUGCUAGCAUUUGUUUACUUAACCACCUAAAAAUAAAGCAACUUCACAAGU